CACACACUGACGAAGCACAACACAGUGAGACCGAAGCCAUCUGCAGCAUCCUAAGAUGAUUGAUGAUCAAGAUCUGGGUUUCUUUGCCAAUUUCCUUGGCAUCUUCAUCUUUGUAUUGGUGAUAGCUUACCAUUUUGUUAUGGCUGAUCCAAAGUAUGAAGGGAACUAGGGUACUUUGUGGUUGUGAUUUUCAUGUUGUAGACUUAGCUAUUUUUCUAAUGGAAGUUAAGUUGAUAUAGAAAUGAACUUCAUUUUGAGCAUGUGAUGUGAGCUUACUGCUAUAUCUUAUCAAAGACUUCAUUGACACUACAA